GCAAGGGAACGCCUCAUCUCUUAACCGCCUUUUUUAAUCAAACGAAAAAGAGGGAGCGAAACUCACUUCCUCUUUACAUUAGCAUUCGGAGAAGACUCAGAGAAGUUUCUUCAUAGAGUUUCUGCUAUUCGUUUUGCUUGGUAUAACUCGCCUUCUCUAGCUGGAAAAAGGAUAGCAAAAAUGGUUUUAUCGGAUGAUGAAAUCAAGAGGUUGUUUCGAAUCCGAAAGACGGUAAUGCAGAUGUUGAAAGAUAGGGGUUAUUUCGUGGGAGACUUUGAGAUUACCAUGACAAAAGCUCAAUUUAUUUCCAAAUAUGGCGAAAACAUGAAAAGGGAGGAUCUGGUUAUCAAUAAAACUAAGCGAAACGACAACUCUGAUCAGAUAUAUGUUUUUUUCCCUGAUGAAGCAAAGGUUGGGGUCAAGACAAUGAAGACGUAUACUAACCGCAUGAAAUCAGAGAAUGUAUUCAGGGCUGUACUGGUUGUGCAACAGAAUUUAACUCCCUUUGCUCGGACAUGUAUUAAUGAAAUUUCUUCAAAAUUCCACUUGGAGGUUUUCCAGGAAUCAGAGCUCCUAGUCAAUGUAAAAGAACAUUCUCUUGUUCCUGAGCAUCAGGUUCUUACUAAUGAGGAGAAAAAGACUCUGCUGCAAAGAUAUACUGUGAAGGAAACACAGCUGCCCCGUAUUCAGGUGAGCGAUCCAAUUGCAAGAUACUAUGGGCUGAAGCGUGGACAAGUUGUGAAGAUAAUUCGGCCCAGUGAGACUGCUGGUCGUUAUGUCACCUACCGAUAUGUUGUCUAAGCAUGUUUCCUGUUACAUGAGUUCUUUUUUUUGCUCAGUUGUUACAUGAUCAUGUACCGACUUUAUUUAGACGUGGAUACAGGGGUUUAAUUGAAAGCACAACUCUAUAAUUCUAUCAAAUUGGCCAGUGCUCUCAAAACCUAAUGGAUUGUAGUUAGGGGAUGAAGGCAACUGUGAUGCUCUCAAACCUACUUGUAAUGUUUGUGUAAUCCCAUUUAGCUAAUUUCUUUGCGUUCCAAUU